UGCUAUAUCACAACACCCUUUUUGAAGGGGCGUGGCUUGCGAGACUAAAUCAAGAUCAAGAAGAGACAGAAAAACACCAACAAAAAGAUAAAACAAGUUGUACAAGUAUAGAAAAAAAGCUCACCAAUUUAUGUCAGAGAGUCUGAAAGUGUUGUCUACUAUAUUAAAUCAUUGCCCAAAUUUUGGUUGUGGUGGGCUUUAAAUAGGAACUCUCAGGUUACAAGAUGACAAACUAUUCUGAUUUGGAUAGACAAAUAGAACAGUUACGUCGAUGUGAGAUUAUCAAGGAGAAUGAGGUCAAGAAUCUUUGUGCCAAGGCAAGAGAGAUUCUGAUUGAGGAGAGCAAUGUACAGAGAAUAGACCCUCCAGUCACAAUAUGUGGGGAUAUUCACGGGCAAUUCUACGAUCUCAAGGAGCUGUUUAAAGUCGGAGGAGAUGUUCCAGAGACUAACUACUUGUUUCUGGGUGACUUUGUUGACCGAGGCUUCUACAGUGUGGAGACAUUCCUGCUACUACUGGCCCUCAAGGUGAGGUAUCCAGACAGAAUCACAUUAAUCAGAGGGAACCACGAGAGCAGGCAAAUCACUCAGGUGUAUGGUUUUUAUGACGAGUGUAAGAGGAAGUACGGCUCAGUGAAUGUGUGGAGAUACUGCACUGAGAUCUUUGACUACCUCAGUCUCUCUGCCAUUGUGGAUGGCAAGGUGUUCUGUGUCCACGGUGGUCUCUCCCCUUCCAUUAACACUCUGGAUCAGAUACGCUCCAUUGAUAGGAAACAAGAAGUACCUCAUGAUGGACCAAUGUGCGACCUGCUCUGGUCAGACCCUGAAGAUCUCAAGGGUUGGGGCAUCAGUCCAAGAGGAGCUGGCUACCUCUUUGGCAGUGAUGUAGUUCAAGAGUUCUGCACAACCAACAGUGUGGAGAUGAUCUGUCGAGCUCACCAGUUGGUGAUGGAGGGUUGCAAGUGGCACUUUGGUGAGUCAGUGCUCACUGUGUGGUCUGCUCCAAACUACUGCUACAGAUGUGGUAAUGUGGCUGCCAUUUUUGAACUGGAUGAGAACAUAAGGAAAAGCUAUACAAUAUUCGAAGCAGCUCCAAACGAGGUCCGUGGUGAGCCACUGAGAAAACCUAUCCCAGAGUACUUUUUAUGAUCCAUUGUACAUUAUAUAGAUUCUAAGAACUGUCUAUUUAUGUGUGUAUAAAAUUAUACUUAUAUUUGUGCGUGGCCUGUACAUUUUAAUGUGAAUAUUCAUUGUCGUCACCAUUUUA